AUGGUAGACCCAAGAAGCCAGACAAGACUUAUCCCAAGAGUAUAUGUCAAUAUACCAGACAGAAAUACCCCUGAUGAAGCAUGGAAGAGAUUAACUGUUCCCUCAAAAAACCCGGAUUUUAUUUAUACUUCAAAGCGUAUUCCUGAACGAGACUAUAAGAUUCAUAAUGAUAUUCGAGAGUAUGCGAUUGAAUACAGAAAGAACCCUCAGAUGAGCAAGACAAUGUCCAGCAGCUACCUGGAGAGGUUCAUCCCUUUUAAAUCAUCUAUAAAGUGCUAUGAAGAAUAUUCUUCUCCAAACAAGAAUAUUCGCUUUGGAAAGUUACUCGAAGAGAUCGAUGAUAUUGGUGGAUCUAUCACAGGAAGGCAUAUCGAAUGCUUAAGGUCUAGCGAUAUAUGUUUUCCAAUCACAGCUGGUGUAGAGCAAAUCUACUCUAAUAUGCCAGACACAAUAGAAGAUUACAAGCUCUGUGGACAUGUUGCAUACACAAGAAAUGCAUUGAUGGUUGUUUAUAUUUCAUUAGAAAUUGUCAGACAUAAGGCUGUCAUGAGUACUAGAAUCAUGGCUCCAAAGGUUAUUCCUAAAUUGGGUGUGUGGAACAAAAAUACAGUGGCUGUGUUUUCAGCAACAUUCCUCCAGUACAAUACCAUGACCGGAAGAUCAGAGCCUGUUGGUCAAUUGAUUUACUCUACACCCCAAGAGAAGCAAAUGUAUGAUCAAAUGGCCGCCAGGCAUAUAUUGAAGCAAAACCACUUGAAGCAAGCAAAUAGAAUCCUUUUAUUGGCCGAACAAAAUAAAUAUAAUAAUAGUAUAACAUCAACUGGUGUCAAGGAUCAUCCAAAUUUCUCAAGUGAUUUGGACAAAAACACCUUGUUUGAGACAGUCUACAUCUCGAGUACCAAGAUCGAGAACACUUUUACGGCAAAUCCACAGUACCGGAACUGCAAUGGAAAAGUGUUUGGAGGAUAUAUAAUUCGGGACUCGUAUGAAUUCAGCUGUACCGGAGUGACCUACUUCCUUCGAUCGUCUCAAUUCAGAUUGAUAAAGAUAAACGAUAUCAUCUUUCGAUCGCCAAUGAUGGCCGGGGAUCAUAUCCGCAUGACUUUUGAGGUAAUCUGCUCAAAUGGUCCUCAGGGCGCAGAUUUGAUCACUUGCACCACGACAGAAACAAGAAAUCCAAACACUCUGGAGUACAAGGUGGCUGUCAUGAUGUAUACUACAUUUGUUUCAAGAGACCCGUCUGUAAAAGUAAAGAUGGUAUUACCAGAGACAAAUAAGGAGAAACAUUUCUGGAGCAUUGGCCAUGAGCUGAUACAACAGAAGAACGAAUGCUACCUAGAAUUUGUUGGUAAAACCGACGAAUCCGAAAAAAUGGCAAAAUUAUGA